AUGUUAAACUAUAGAAUAUCUAGAUAUCUCCAUCAUCAUAUCACUAAUUUCAAGAUGUCCUGGAGAGCUCUCUUAUCACAUAAUCUCCAAGAGAUUAGAAUUCACUUUUGUCAAUCAACACCAAGCAGUGAAGGUUUAAGAAACUUCAUUACUAAAAACUAUACAGAUUUGAAAAAGUUGAAUCCAAAGUUACCAUUGAUGGUUCGUGAGGGACACGGAAUUGAACCUGUAAUUUAUGCAAGAUACGAUUGGGGACAAGAAGAAAAGAAAGUUGUAACAAAUUUAUCAGAACAAGAGGUUGAAGAGAAAUUGAAAGAAUUGUGUUUGAUUGGAAACAAACUCGAUCGUUCACCAGAGAGUGAAUUCGACGAAGUUGAUGUUAUUACAUCAUACAAUAGACCAGCUUCCGCUUUCAGAACAAGAUGCACAAUUCAAUUUUAUAAUUAUAAUACAGGUUUCAUUCUAUUGAAAGUUGUCUCUUCAAUCAAAUUGAUUGUUAAUAAUCAUAUUAACUUGUGUAGAUGGUUUAGAUUACAAGAACCAACGAGGUUAAAGACACUGGGUUCAACUAAACCCAAGAAAUGGCUGUUUAAGAUGACUUGUUCAAAUCAAAUAAUGCAAACUUUUGUCGACAUCAUGAAUAAUGUAUUAAAAAAAUUUCCAAGCGGCGAUCAACUUUUCAUUUUGAUUGAAUUCCUGUUUUUGCAAAGAUCAAACUUGAAUGAUCCACCCUUUCAUAGAGACACGGUUCACCACCCAACAGUUGGUUCAGAAUAA